GUCAGGGAGUGAGGGAGUCGGACCGCUUAUGGUGAAUUAAGAUUGACCCGAGACUACUGAGAGGACUGUGUGCAGCGGUAUCCAGAGCGAGCAAGAGAAGUGAUUUAUUUAAAAAACUUCUUAUAAAGAAACAAAUGGCGUGGAUGAGGAGCAAAGGACUGAGUACAGGAAUUUUUUAACUCAGAGGAAAGCAGCAGCUUACAAGUUACAGAUGGAGAGCUUCAACAUCUUACAGUCCACAAGCAGUUAACAACACUAACAAUGGUGGUGUUGUCAGAGGAUGCACCAGACGCAAUGAACCCGAUUGGUAAACCUCUCCAGGUUGGCUUCUAUGAGAUCAUCCGUACACUGGGGAAAGGAAACUUUGCUGUGGUGAAGCUGGCACGACACAAAGUCACUAAAACACAGGUGGCCAUUAAAAUCAUCGACAAAACCCGUCUGAAUGCAUCAGACUUGGAAAAACUCAACAGAGAAGUCAAAAUCAUGAAGCUUCUCAAGCAUCCACACAUCAUCAGACUCUACCAGGUUAUGGAAACCAUGAACAUGUUGUACAUUGUAACAGAGUAUGCUAAUAACGGGGAGAUGUUCGAUUAUCUUGCAUGCAACGGUCACCUGAGUGAGGAAGAAGCUCGCAAGAAAUUCUGGCAAAUUCUCUCUGCUGUAGAGUACUGCCACAGAUGUCACAUUGUACAUAGAGACCUUAAAGCUGAAAAUCUACUACUGGAUAGCAACAUGAACAUCAAGCUCGCAGACUUUGGUUUUGGAAAUUUCUUUGUACCUGGAAAGCCUCUGAAUACCUGGUGUGGAAGUCCACCUUAUGCAGCACCGGAGAUCUUCCAGGGAAAUGAAUAUGAAGGACCACAGCAAGACAUAUGGAGUCUAGGUGUGGUUCUUUAUGUGCUGGUGUGUGGAUCGCUGCCAUUCGAAGCUGCCUCACUUCCAGCCCUGAAACAGCGUGUCAUAGAGGGACGUUUUAGGAUUCCUUACUUCAUGUCACAGGGUUGUGAGAACCUGAUACGGAGGAUGCUGGUGGUGGAUCCGGCCAAACGUAUCAGUCUGGCUCAAAUCAAGCAGCACUGCUGGAUGAAAGCUGUACCGAUAACAGUGUGCCAGACUUUAUUUAACCCUCCUGAGCCGGAGAGGCACUGCCAGGCAAAGGGUUACAAUGAGCAAGUGCUCAGUCUCAUGCAGACGCUGGGCAUUGACAAGCGGAGGACCGUUGAAUCUUUACAGAAUGACAGCUACAACCACUUUGCUGCCAUUUACUGGCUCUUGCUCGAGAGACUGAACGAACAAGAGCAAAUCAAAAAAGUCCCAGAUUGGUCUAAAAGGCUUUGUUAUAAUCUACCAGUUUUGGGAGAUGCAAAUCCACCAAUGUUAGAGGACAGAAACUCUUCCUCUCCUAGCAACUUAAUGGAUGCUGGAUUAAGUGGUGGGGUACGAGUUAAAAACAUGGAUGAGGAGGAAAAGCAGUUACCUCUUGAUUAUACAACUGGACACAGGAGCACAAUACACAGACCCAUUGACUCUGAAGUGUCAUCCUUUAAAAGCUGGUGUCACCCACCAAGUAUUGUGGUGGAUCUAGUGGACAGUGCCACUGUAGACAGCUCUUACACCUCUUCCUUCACUACCUCCAGCUCCUCAUUUACUUGCCCCGGUGCUCUUUUAGACCCACAACACUAUAUAAACCAAGAUCUGGGACAGUAUCCAUUUUCACUGAAAUCAGAAAGAAAUCCUCUCACUCAUUCUUCCGUCUUGCGGUGCCAGACCAGUCUGCAAAUUCCUAAUUUCCAGGAGGGUAGAAGAGCCUCGGAUACCUCACUGCCACAAGGUCAAUGGGCUUUUCAGGAGCAUUUGAGCAAAAAUGUUCACACAACAGGCCAGUUUGGUCUGAAUAAAGCUCCUGCGCAGUACACAUGGCCUCCAAUGCCUAACCUAGAACACACUAAUAAACCUCCAACACAUUCAUGGGGGAGUUUUCAUGGCCAGACUGCAGGCCUUCAGCACCAUCAGUGGACAUCUAACAUUCAUUGUUAUUAUCCCCAUCUACUACAAAAACCUUCUCCUCAUACUGGGGUUAUCCAGAAUCACUCCAUCCGCCCAGCACUACACUCUGAGAGUCACUUAACUUCUUUAUCCGCUUCAGGUUACCGCAAAUUCCGCCACAACCCUUUAUCCCUCCUUCACACACCUCAGUGUCUGCAUUGUCCUCGCCAAGGUCCACCGACUCACUCUUCUCUCGCUCAUCUGCCAGCAACCUACUCGUGCUCCACUUCUAGCUGUUCUUCCACAAACAUGUUGGAUUCCACCACACUGCUCCUGGAGGCACAACUGCAAAUAAAACCAAGCUCACGCUGAUGUUUUUUAGUAGUAACGGAGGUUCCACUGUACCUGGUCAUCAGUUUUGAUUUGACAGUAAUGUAGCAACAGAUGCAACAAAGGCAUAAAUAAAUCACUCUGGAUAAGAGAAUCUGCAAAAUGAUGUAACAUGUCAAUGUAAAAUGAAUUCAUCAUUGAGUUACUGAAAUAACAAGAACAAAUGACACUCGUUCUCUAUGCACUAAAAUGUAUAUAAUCACUAUAAAAUGCUAAUGUAGAGGCAAAAACAUCCAGUAUUAUCCAAGGCCCUUUACUGAGUGUACUUUCUGACAUAUUUUAAUAAGCAAUAAUUACUCUUUCAAUGUUCCUUGUCUUGAGUCAUCACAUUGCGAUCACACUGUGUGUUUUGUAUUGUGUAUAAUCUGUAUUUAUUCAUCCUGUGCAUGUUACUCUUGAUAUUCUUAUGCCAAAGAAGUAUUUAUUCAGUCAUUAUAAAUA